GCACACGGGCAAAGGUGAUAAGUUGGGGCGUACUCCGCAUUAGAGGAAUAGUUUGUGCCCAUUCCGCCGAGCGCGCAGAAGUCUUUCAACAAUCGAAUCGCGUUUGCCAAAAUGCAACUGUUCCUUCUACUCCUUCUUGGAGCCUUGGGCUAUUCGUUGGCCUAUCCGCGCACCUAUAGUUACGAGUAUCCCCGAAGAAGGGCUUACUCGACCUCGUACUCCGGUAAUACGUAUAGUUCCCUGGCCAGUCGUAAAGCCAGGGAUGAAAGUACCACCACUAAAUCAGACAAGGAAAAUGCCAAGUUUGCCGGCGCCUCUAAUCAGGAAUUGGAUGAAACCGGUGAUGAACGAACUCUCCUACUGAAAAAGAAACUCAAGAGAUUGGCGAGGCCUUACUUGGGAUAUGGUGGAUACGGGGGUUACGGAGGAUACGGUGGAUAUGGCGGUUAUGGAGGGUACGGCGGUGGUCCCUGUUCGCCAUUUGGUCGAGAUGCCAAGGGUGGCCAAAAGGAUCCCGAUGAGCAAGGACGUUUUCUGUUCGACGUGAAUGUGGUGAAAGUUUACCCCGGCGGAUGUCGUGGUUAUGGUGGCGGCGGCCUUGGUGGUCUUGGCGGAGGUCUCCUAUCAGAUCCCCUGCCACCGGUUCAACCCAUUCCCGUGCCAGUGCGUCCGUAUGCUCCGUUUGCCACCUGGCUGUCGCUAUUUGCUCCGGGAAUCCUCAACUCCGCAACAGUGCCUGGUGUUCCAAUUAGAGAUCCACUAAGAGAUCCCGUUCAUCCUGCUGGAGAUGCACAAAGUGAUCCUGAAGUGGAUCCCAACUAUGCGGCACCGCCACCAGUGCGGCGACCUGUUCCAAAUCGUGUAUACUACGACUCAGCCGGAGCGCCUCCGGUGACACCUGCUCAACUAGUUGGAGGCGUGGCCACUACCGUGAACGGAAUUAUUCAGCAAUUGACGGGACAGGUUCAACCAGUUUACCAAACGGGAGCCUAUCGAUCAAGGGAUCAGCGAAGCAGCUAUGGAUAAGCAGCGCCAAACGAAUUACUUAUGUAUAGCGAUUUAUUUUUAAUGUAAAUAGGUUUUAAUAGAUAAUAGGAACGAUUUUUUAUACGAAACAUGUUUUUUAUUCAUUUGAGUUUGCUUAAUUGGGAUUAUG